CGAUAAAAGCCCCUAAUUCUAAUUCCAUUUCUCUCUCAUUCGACAUUGCCGUACAUUCUUCAACUUGUUACUAUAUUUUAUUUUUCUAUUCAAGACAGAAUCUAUUUCCUCCUGUAUUAUUAUGUAAAACCAACUAUUUAAUGAUUACCUCUUUGUUUGACGGGAUACAGCAUAGUUAUCAAUUUCAGAAAAGACAACUGUCUAUCAUAUUAGUAUUCCCUCUUUAGCCACCUUCUCAUAAUGUCGAAUUAUCUUUCAGCUCUCUAGUAAUAAUAUAAUAUUAUCUCAACGAACAAAUGGAUCAGCCAUCUACAACAACUAUCAAAAGGAAGCCGGUCCCAUCGGUUAAUCCACAACCACCUCCCCCGUAUGCGGGCGAUAUCCUUGACGAUAUCCUUGAUGAUUAUCUAGAACCAACUAAACUGCCAAAUCCUCACCAGCACCCCGUUCUACCAAUUGAAACCAAGGAAUUGAAAUUGGAUAUCAGUCCUGCCGCCCCCCCAGCCGUCCCUCCAAGGCAAUUAUCCAUUCCCCUUGUUUCUAGCCCUUCAGAAAUCUCACUUAACUCCGGCGUCUCAACACCAGAUACUUCUAAUCUCGGCCAUUCGAUAUGGAAGGCGGCUGUCAAUGAGACCAUCUACUUUGCCGGUGGGCUUAUAUCACACCCAUUCGAAUCAACUAAGCAUUAUAGCAUUCUCCGCCAUUCGGCCGGGGUGAUCCUUUACCGAGGACCGUCUACGAGUAUCGCCAUUACGAUUUUUGCAGAUAAGCCUCUGCCAGCUGACCGUUCGUUCUGGCUACAGAGAAAGGGGUUCUCUGGGAAUAUGGGUAUGGCUGCUAGUGCUCUUCUACGCACGCAGGGAAACUGGAUUGAAGUGACUCCCUCAUUCGCAGCUCUUCCUUCUCAAGUCCCCGAAACGGAUGAGCGAGCAUGGCAAAGGGAUAUCAAAAAAUUUAUCAAGAAGGCAACAUCCCAUAGGCAUUUAUCUAAACAAAUAGCCCGCGAAACGUGUGUUAUUCGAAUCCCCGCCUCGGCGGAAGAUGGCUAUUUGCGUAUUGUCAUGUGCACCGGUGAAGGGUCAAAGAAGACGCUUUGUCCCUCGCCCGUCUUUCGCAUAGCUAGUACGUCGUCAGAUGUGAGCGUAUUGCGUGGUGCAAGCUUGACAACUAUGCCUAUCGAACUCGGAUUGAAAGUAGCGUCAGUAAUAGGCCAAAUUACCGUGGAAAAGUACAUCGGACCUGCGAGGGAAGUCAUAGAGGCCCAGAUUGAAAAAUACGGCCCCGGGUUAAUAGCCCAAGAAGCUGCGCUUAUGGCAUACGAAAACUCUAGGGUGAAUGAACGGGUUACCGCUGCAGAAGAGACCUUUGACGCAGAAAGGGAUAGCGCCUACGAGUCUUUGCAAACAGAGGGGGUGCUGGAGGCACCUCCUCGGGUUGUCGGUGCCGAUAGUGGACCAGAGAAGCCGUAUCCAAUCCGAUUCAUUAGCAAGGUAGUCCAAGGAACUGGCAGAGGCCGAACCGAAACCGGAAUACCAACAGCGAACCUAUCCGGCAUACCGGAUGAUUUACUACUACGUCCCAAUGGUGUUUAUAUCGGUUGGGCUGCUGUUCAACCAUUUCAGGGGAACGAAGACAUUUCAUAUGACUGGCAUGAAGCCCUCAUCACUAUUGGACCUUCACCAUACGCACCGCCUCGGGUGGUUCCUAAGAAAAUGGUCGCAGUUCACAUUGUCCACGACUUUGGCGAAGCUAGGUUUUUGAACGCUAAUGUCGAGGUCAUGGUUAUGGCAUACCUAAGACCCAUAUCAAAGCCCGAUACCUUCCAGUCGCCUGCAGAAAUGACUGCUGCUGCUAUACGAGAUAUCAGCACGACAGUGGCAAGUCUGAGUCGCGAGAAUUGGCAGUGCGAUAUGACUCUUCGUAGGGUCAAGUCGGAAAUGAGCACUAGGACUAUAGAGGAUAAAUAUAUCGAAAUAAGAUCACAAAUGCAGAAGCGAGUUGAUAGUGUCCCACUACACCUAGCCGGAGUCCGCACUGCCGGAAGCGAACUCAAAGAUCAGGCUUUGGGUAGGGGUGGCUUAUACAUACGGCGAUGACGGAUAUCUGGGUAUUAUACGGGGAGCACUGCACAGGUUUGACGAGUGAGGUAUGGGAUGUUAUUGAACCCUAUGACAAAGGACAUAUCAUUAUUUGAGAGAUUUAUUAUAAACUCGGCGACGACGGUUUUGGUCGGUCGUUAUUUUCGGCAUUCCCGGAAAUUAAUCGAGCUAAUAGUCCUGGGAGAUCAGAAGGUUCCCGAGCUCCGAAUAAUCGGGGUGAGAUGAUAUAUACAAUCUUUCCGACAAAGAUUCGGCAUUCUAUGUCUUACUUAGGGCAUACCAAGUGUCUCAUCUUAGUCUGCUGUGCAACUUCAUUAAUAGCUGCGGCUAUCUUGUCUAACUUGUCUAAGGCUAUGACAAUAACUAAGCGAAUCAAAAUAGUCAAAUUUCAGCCUCUUUCUACUCAAGGUGGGAAUCCAUGCCACAGAAAAGUUUAAGAAUCACUAUAAUAGUAUCA